AUGGCCGACGCCAAAUCAGAGGCAGACGUGUCGGCGUUGCAAGCUCCAAGAACAAUCCCCAACGGAGGGGCUCAGGCAUGGCUCCAGGUCCUAGGCGCCUUCUGUAUCUACUUCAAUACUUGGGGACUCUUAUCCAGCUACGGCAGCUUCCAGACUUUUUACGAAACUGAUCUGCUCAAAUCCAGGACUCAUUUCGAGGUGUCGACUAUCGGAUCACUGCAGAGCUUUCUACUGGUCUUUUUGGGGUUCCUCAGCGGUCCUGUCUACGAUGCAGGCUAUGCGCGACAUCUUCUUACGGCAGGAUCGUUCCUAAUCGUUGUCGGCACCAUUGCUCAGAGCUUUUGCUACGAGCUGUGGCACCUUUUACUUGCCCAGGGACUAUGUAUCGGUAUUGGAUGUGGGUGUCUUGCAGUGUUGAGUGUCGCUAUACCGGCUCUAUGGUUUAACACAAGACUGCCCCUGGCGAACGGAAUCGCAGCGGCAGGGAGUGGACUGGGAGGGGUGGUCUAUCCGGUCCUGAUCCGUAAUCUUCUCCCCUCGGUGGGCUUUGGGUGGACCGUACGGGCCAUUGCACUCAUUAUCCUGGUUUUGCUCGGGUUUUCCAUGUGCGUGGUUCGGAUACCGCAGUCUUCCAAACAGCGGCGGCGGUUCAUAGAUCGCGCGUCACUGAGCGAUUGGCCGUACGUUUUGUUCGUCCUGGGUUGCUUCACAGUCUUCCUGGGCAUGUACACGCCUUUCUUCUAUGUUCAGAGCUAUGCCAUAGAAGGCACGGGUACAUCCUCCGACGUUGCCUUUUAUAUUGUCACGGCCAUGAACUUAGCCUCGAUUCCGGGGCGUAUCAUUCCAGGACUGCUGGCUCAACGCCUCGGGCCGUUGAACAUGAUCGUUGGCACCAGUGUGGCCCUGGCAGCAUGCGGACUCGGUUUGUUAGGCGCUCGCACAACGGUGAGCGUCUUUGCCGUGUCUAUUCUCUACGGCCUCUUCACAGGCUUGUUCUUUGCCUUGCAACCAACAAUAUUCGUGCGCCUUACGGGAGACAUGAAAGUUCUUGGCACGCGGUUCGGCAUGGCCUUCACGGUCAUGUCGGUGGCCCUUCUAUUCGGCUCGCCCAUCAGUGGUGCUCUACAGGAUAGAUAUGGAUAUAACACAUCUUGGGCUUGGGUCGGGGCGACGAUUUUAGCCGGCGGCGCAAUCAUUCUGGCUGCGAAGACGGUACAGUGCCGAGGGGAUCUCAGGAGAAAGUCUUGA